UCCAUUGAUUGCUAAAUAUUUUCGUAUUUCUAUAAUCUCAGAGUUUCUUUAUAUUGGAGUAUCAGCAAGGCAAAUACAACAGAGUCAGAAUUCAGAAACACCAUCUUCUUCCAAAACUAUUUAGGACCCUCCUUCCCUUCCUCUCUUUCCCACACAUCUCCUCUUUGGAAUCUGGCUUUUUGAUCCAAAGCCUUGAAACCCAGAUACAGAAAAUACCUUUGGAAAUAAUUUUUGUAUCAUCUAGAAGAUACCCAGAUACAGAGAAGUUUUUUUUUUUUUGGUUUCCUUGAGGGAUUGAUCUCUGGGCAUAGAUCAAAGUCGUCUACGUUAAUUUGUAUUGGCCUCACCAUGGGGAAAGGUUUGACAACAUUGUUGCUUUCCUGUGUUCUGUUUUCUCUAUGUGCCUCAUCAUUCGCUCAAACCUGCAAGAGCUAUGCUUUCUCUAGCAACAAGAUAUUCACCUCAUGCCAAGACCUUCCUGUAUUGAGUGCUUUCCUUCACUGGAGCUAUGACCAAUCAACCAACAAGGUUGAUAUUGCGUAUAGACACACUGGAACCUCAACUUCGAGAUGGGUUGCUUGGGCCAUCAACCCUACAGGAACAGGAAUGAUAGGAGCACAAGCCCUUGUGGCCUAUCAAAACUCCAGUUCAGUCAUGCAUGUAUACACAUCCCCUGUGUCUGGUUAUGGAACUACGUUGGCAGAGGGUGCUUUGAGCUUUGCGGUUUCAAAUCUCUCUGCAACAUUUGAGAAUAGCAAUGAGAUGACGAUAUUUGCUACACUGGCGCUUGGUAGCGGCAUGACAACGGUGAACCAAGUCUGGCAAGAGGGUCCUCUGAGUGGAGACAGUCCUAUGAGCCAUGAUACCGCCUCAAGUUCAGCAAAUAUGAAAUCAGCGGGCUCUCUGGAUUUUCUGAAUGAUCAGGCGACAACCUCCGCAGGAGGCGGACUCACUUCAAGGCAACGAAGACAGAAUGUUCACGGAGUACUAAACGCGGUUAGUUGGGGCACUCUGAUGCCCUUGGGAGCCAUGAUUGCUAGGUACCUAAAGGUGUUCAAGUCAGCAAAUCCUGCAUGGUUUUACCUGCAUGUUGCUUGCCAAACUUCUGCCUAUGCUAUUGGGGUUGCCGGGUGGGCAACGGGUCUAAAACUAGGCAGCGAAGCCUCUAGUGUUAUUCAGUAUGAUACUCAUAGGAACAUCGGCAUAACCCUCUUCUGCCUUGGAACACUUCAGGUGUUUGCCCUGCUUUUGAGGCCAAAGAAGGAUCACAAAUACAGGUUAUAUUGGAACAUCUACCACCAUUCUGUGGGGUAUUCUGUCAUUAUCCUAAGCAUCAUCAACAUCUACGAGGGAUUAGAUAUCUUGGCCCCAGAGAAGAAGUGGAAGAAGAUAUAUAGCGGAAUUCUGAUUUUCAUGGGCGUCGUUGCAGCUAUAUUGGAAGCUUUUACUUGGUUCAUUGUUAUCAAAAGAAAAAGGACUAGCUCUGAGAAAUACCCCGCGUACGGGAAUGGAGUGAAUGGCGGUAAUGGCUAUGCCGCCAGAACAGAGAAUGGGGUGUAGUUUAUACAUCAGAAAGACUAGGCUUUGUGUCCCCCUAGAUGCCUCACUAGCUUGUUUUUGUAGGCUUUUACACCAUGGGUGGGGAUAUUUGAAUGUCACGUAUGUUUGAGAGAGUUUAGUACCUUCGCUUACUUCAUUUUUUCUUUCACUUGUAGCCAUUUAUGAGUAGCUCGUUGCUUGGACAUUCAGUGUGUAAUUCUUUACUGUAGUAUAUAUAGAUGGGCUUCAUGUUUAUUAUA